AUCAUCUUCGAUCUCCAAACAUCACGCUGCGAUGUCUCCCCCCUCCAUGACCUCCUCCUCUCUUUAGCCAUUGGCUUCGGCCAAGGCUGAUGAGACAUUCCUAACCACCAUGGGCACCCUCCCACCAUUCCCGCCCCUCCUCCUCCUCGUCGCCGUCAUCUUCUCCUUCCUCUCCUCGUCGUGCUUUGCUGUGACCAGCCAUGAGGCGGCGGCCAUCGCGCGGCGCCAGCUGCUCAACUUCGAGAAGCACGGCGACCACGUCCACAUCGAUAUCGACAUCGAGAUCAAGGUGAGCAACCCGCGGCUGGCGGCGGCGCACAGGGCGCUGCACGCGCUGAAGCGGGCGCUCUACUCCGACCCCGGCAACUUCACCGGCGACUGGGCCGGCCCCGACGUGUGCGCCUACAACGGCGUGCUCUGCGCGCCGUCGCCGGACAACGCGUCGGCGAGCGCCGUCGCGUCGCUGGACAUGAACGCCGCCGACGUCGCGGGCUACCUGCCCAGGGAGAUCGGCCUCCUGUCCGACCUCGCCGUGCUCCACCUCAACUCCAACCGCUUCUGCGGCGUCAUCCCGGAGGAGGUCGCCAACAUGACGCGGCUCUACGAGCUCGACGUCAGCAACAACCGCCUCGUCGGCGCGUUCCCCGGCGCGGUGCUCCGCGUCCCCGAGCUCAGCUACCUCGACAUCCGGUUCAACGACUUCGACGGCCCCAUUCCGCCGGAGCUCUUCCUCCGCCCCUACGACGCCAUCUUCCUCAACAACAACCGCUUCACCUCCGGCAUCCCGGACACCAUCGGCAGGUCCACCGCGUCGGUCAUCGUCCUCGCCAACAACGACCUCGGCGGCUGCAUCCCGCCCACCAUCGGCCAGGCCGCCGCCACGCUCGACCAGUUCGUCUUCCUCAACAACAGCCUCACCGGCUGCCUGCCCCUCGAGUCGGGCCUCCUCGCCAACGCCACGGUGUUCGACGUCAGCCACAACCUGCUGACCGGCGCCAUCCCCGCGACGAUGGGUGGCCUGGCCAAGGUCGAGCAGCUUGACCUGUCGCACAACACCUUCACCGGCGUUGUGCCGGGCGACGUCUGCGGGCUGCCGGCGUUGACGAACCUGUCGGUCUCGUACAACUUCAUCGCCGGGGAAGACGCCCAGUGCAGCAGCGCGCUGCUGGAUGCGAAGCUCGACAAGUCGUUGGAGGACGAGGCUAACUGCAUGGGCAACGUGAGGCCGAUGCAGAGGAGUGCCGGUGAAUGUGCCCCGGUCGUGAGCCAUCCGGUGGAUUGCAGCAAGACCAAGCCCUGUGGAUGGCCGGCGCCGGCGAAGAAGCCAGCGCCGGAGAGCUCAAAGCAUUCACCGCCGCCGCCGCCGCCACCAGCACCGGUACAAUCCCCGCCACCACCGGCACCGGUGGUAUCCCCGCCAUCGCCAGUGUUCUCUCCACCGCCUGCCUUCUCGCCGCCGCCGCCGCCCAAGACAUCUCCUCCACCGCCUGUCUCCUCGCCGCCGCCACCGCCACCGCCGACUAUGUCCCCGCCGCCGCCAAUUCAAGAGCCCGUCAUCCUCCCGCCAAUAUUGUCAGCAAAAUACCAAUCGCCACCGCCACCGUUUUUCGAAGGAUACUGAUAAUCUAGUUUGAGGCCAUGAGUGAUGUGUUGUUGUCCGACACUAGUACAGAAAACGUCGAAUGUAAUAUAAGCUCAUGCUUUAACCACAUUGAGGGUGCCCAUUUACCUUUCCAUUUUUAAUGCUGUUUUUGACCUGGUUUCAGGAUUAACUGCUGGCUGGUCUGAAGAAAUAAAGAGGGGUGGAAUUAAAGUAA